UGGCCUGUCAAAGUCCCUGCAGAGGGAAGGAGAGGGGGAGGGAAGAAGGGAAGAAGGAGGGAGACAGGUUGAAGAUACAACAAAUAACAGCUAAACAGUGACAGGUGAACUCCCUCUCUGGACUAGGACACUGAGCGGAGACGAGCUGGACAUGGCCGGGUACAAGCCAAAGGUGAUCUCUCUAACCAAGAGGCCUGGUCAGACAUUUGGCUUCUUUCUGAGGGUGGAGAAUGGAGAGGAGGGACACCUGGUCCGCAAUCUGGAAAUGGGAGGUCCAGCUGAGCUUGCGGGCAUGAAAAACGGAGACCGCAUCCUCCAGGUCAACAGAAUAUUCGUUGACGGACUCCCCCAUUCAGAGGUGGUGGAGCUUGUGAGAACCAGUGGAGCGUCUGUCACGUUCCACACUCUCGAUGAAGCCUCUUACAAGCGCGCCAAGGCUAACGGUGUGCAGCUCUGCAAGAUCAACACCAUCACCACACCGGCCGCCACCAACGGAGUGUCCAAGCAGGCUCUCAAACCCAAACUGUGCUAUUUGAUCAAGUCCAGCACAGGCUAUGGCUUUUCUGUACGCUCCAUCAGCGGAGAGAAAGGUACCUACAUGAUAGAGGUCUUCUCAGGAAGCGUAGCAGAGAGAGCAGGAGUGAAAGUCAACGACCGCUUGGUCGAGGUCAACGGAGAGAACGUGGAGAACGCCACACACGACCAAGUGGUGGAAGCGAUCCAACGGGGGGGCAACACCGUCAUGUUCCUGCUGGUUGAUGAGAAAACCGACAAGUCCUACCAGAAAAAGCGAGCCAAGAUAGGAUCGUGGUUAGCCACGACCAAGCACCUCCCUCUCGCGCCACGCAUCAUCGAAAUGAGCAGAGGAUCUGAUGGAUACGGCUUCCUGCUCAGAGAGGAUCCCAAAAAAUCAGGACACUUCAUCAGGGAUAUAGACAGAGGCAGCCCGGCAUAUAGAGCAGGUCUGGAGGACAAGGACAGAUUGGUGGCUGUGGACGGCAAGGAGGUGGAUGGUGGCACUCAUGAGCAGGUGGUAGACAUGGUCAGGAAGAGUGGCCAGAAUUGCUGCCUCCUAGUGGUGGACGAUAAAACUGACCAGAUGUACAAAAAGGGGAAAGUGUCUCCCAUGCUUUUCUGGGAGGAGAACAAGGAUUCCUACUCACCUCCCAGCUACAUAGAAGCAGUCACUUUAAACGUUCCGCGUCCAACCACGCCUGUUCAGAAGAGUGACGAGGAGCUCAAGCCUAAACUGUGCAGGAUGGAGAAGACCGCAGCUGGUUUCGGCUUUCACCUGAACGGCAUCCAGGGAUUGUGUGGUCAGCACAUCAGAGAGGUGGUGAAGGGUGGAGCAGCCGACAAGGCCGGCAUGGAGAACGACGACAUGGUGGUGGAGGUGAACGGCGUGAACGUGGAGAAGAGCAGCCACGAAGAGGUGGUGGAAAUGAUCCGCAGAAGCGGCAGCUCUCUGGAGAUGCUGGUGGCUAAAAGGAGCGUGUACGAAAAGCUCAAAGCCAAGGAUGUGCCCAUCACGCGGCUGCUCCUUGAGGAACCGACCUACGCUCAAGUCCGCAAGACACGCAGCAGCAAGAGAGAGACAAGGCCUGAUACUCCGCCUGAACCAGAAAGACGGAGGGCUUCAUCAACAUCAUCAUCUUCAUCUCAGGACAGCUUCGACAUAAGGUUCUGAGAAGCCUCCAGACUUGAUUGAGCUGAGCUGAUCUGAUGUUGAUUUGUUUUUUUUUUUUCUAACAAUCAGCCACGUGAACUACACACACACACGCAGUUAAUAUCACAAGAGAAAAAGAAAUAUGAAAGAAAAAAGGGGACAGUUAAGGCUUAUAAAACGCUUUGUCAAAAAUGUGCUUUAAAUCAUAGCUGAAGAGCGGCAAACGACUUUGUGAAAGAGCAUAGAACAAAAACCACAAUCAUGAAUGAACAUCAAGAGUAACACAUGUGCUCGCGGAUACUUUGAUCUACCUGUUGAUGAGAGCCUGUGCAGAUUCCAGAUGAUACCAAGAUCGAAACACUAUCAUUCACACCUGUGGCCUUUACUUUCCUUCAUUAUUUAAUGUUCUGUGGAAUUAAACUUCGCUGUAAAAUAAAAGUCAAUGAAUGAACACAAA